AUGGACGCCAACAUAGACGAUGAUGAAACAUACAACGAAUUAGGUAUAUUUCUUGAUACAGUGUGUAUUUAAUAUAUUGAAUUGGAAUCUUUGAAAAAUUACAGGUUAUGUAUCGAGUUGUCUACAUAUUGUUUUUUCAAAUGUAGAGAUCUUUCCUCGUCAAUUUAGUUUACAGUUACAUUUGCUGUAAACUAUAUUUUUCAAAUUUUUGUAAUUCCAUAUGUAUGUUAUUUUUCGGCAUUGGUUUUGAUAUCGUUAUACAUCUGAUACGUAUAAUAUUAUCAUUAUGUCAAAUCAUUGCUUAUAAGCUCUUUGUAUACACCAAUGUCUUUUUAGCUAAAAGAACGAAAACAAAGAAUAAAAUAUCUAUUUUACAGAAUAUCCGGAGAAUAGACAAAACAAUGCUGAGGAGGACUAUUCAGAAGAAAAUACAGACGAAACAUCUGUCUCUACCGAAAGCACAUUUGACUUGACAUUACCAGCGACACAUUCUUAUUUAGGACAUAAUUUAGAAGAACUUAGAGGAAGAACAAUAUUAGAUGAUGGACUUUACGUAAACUUGCCACUGCUAGUAAAACAAUCUGUCAUGUUAUUUCCUGGACAGACAUUGCCAAUGACAGUAUUUGAUGCACAAACUAUUGAUAUGAUAAGAACUUGCAUUGAAAAUGAUCGAACAUUGGGUGUUGUAUGUUUGGGUUAUGAUAAAAUGGUACCAAUAGGUACAACUGCAGAAAUUUAUGAGUGUAUGUAUGAUCCUGAUCAAGGUUUUCGCUUGAAAGCUAAGGGCAGACAAAGAUUUAAAAUUCUCCGAGUUAUAAUUCAGGGUUAUGAUAAAAUAUCAGCGCAUGUACAAGUCUUACCAGAAAUAACACUUGGACCACCAUUCUUGGAUGAACGUUUAGCUUCAUUAGAUCAUAUACGAAUACAUCCAAAAAAUGAGGAAGAUUUUAAGAAGCAAGAAAAAGUAGAAAAUUUAGAUGCUGUAGUGACACCUUGGCCAGCCUGGGUGUACCGACAAUAUGAUCCUUUAAGACUUUCAUUAAAAAUACGACAACGUUUGCAAUUUAUUGAAAGCAAGGGAAGUAGUAUACCAGAGGAUCCUGCAGAUUUAUCAUUUUGGGUCGCCCAAAAUUUGUUAUUAGAUGAUAAUGAACGAAUUGUUUUGUUAAAUUACGAUUGCGCAAUUUCAAGGUUACAAAGAGAAAUUAGAUAUCUAGUAGAAGAUAAAAUAUUUGUUUGUUGCAAUUGCGAUUCUUAUAUUGGAAGGCAAUCACAUAUGUUUCCAAUGAGUAAAGAAGGUCCGCAGGGUACCUAUUGCAAUCCUUCUGGAAUUAUACAUGAAACCGUAACCUUAUAUCAUGCACAAGGCCUUGCACUGAGUGAUAGUCCACCAUCAAUAAAUUAUACGUGGUUUCCAGGAUACGCCUGGACUGUCGCAACGUGUAAAUAUUGCGGUGAUCAUAUGGGAUGGAAGUUUACAGCAGUUCAAAAUAAUCUAAAGCCUAAGGCAUUCUGGGGCUUGAUACGUAAGAGUUUGAAAAGUAAAGAAAAAUGAGCAGACCAAAAAUUUAAUGAAUAUAUUAGACCGAAAGAUUCGGUGAUUAGUUUGAAAAACCCGGCGGAUAUUUCCAAUAGUUUUUUUAGUGUUAUAUAACUAUAUACAAUUGUUUGUAUUACCCUUGUGUUUAGCAUUAUAUAACUAUGUACAGUUGUUUGUGCUAUUGUGAGCUUUCGGUAGUGAUAAUAUUAAUUUUUCCAAUAUGAAAGGAAGCUAUACAACAUAUUGAAAUAAUUAUUCACUGUAAACUUUCGACUGUCGACUGAAAUACGGUAUAAAAAAAAAACUUCAAUAUUUAUAUGUAUAUAAAAUUUAAUUUUAAAGCUUUAUGAGAAACGAGAUUGAUAAAAAAAACUAUACUUAUUUCAAAUUUAUAUUGUUAUAUAAUUUCAAAAUGUAAAUUAAAUGGAUUAAUCAUUAAAAAAAAACUUUUAUUUUUCAAAAGCAGUUUAUUCUGCUUUGUUUGUUUUUUAUGAGUAUCUGGGUAAGAUACAAUUUUCGAUUUAAAUUUUUUAUAUAACUAGUCACGAGACACAUACAUCCAUCUUCAAUAUUAAUAUCAAUAUAAUAAGAAUUUGUCAACAUACCUUGCCUAAGAAAUUCGCAAAUAGUAACUAGAUACAAAUUUUUUACGAUUUGAUGUUCUCACUUAACACGAUUAAUAGCAAUACCCGUGACAGAAGUUAAAAUAGUAUUGAUUGUAAUAUUUACAUGUUUUAAUAUUUACAAUUGUAAAAUAAGUUUAACAUCAUGUCACCUCUCAUUAUUAUACUGAACUUCAACAAUUAUAUACAAGUUAUAAACAAAGAUAUAAUACAUGUUAUUGGGAUGUGAUAUUUUGUUAUUUGUACAUCAGAAUUUAAUAAAUGUGAAUUUAACGUGAAAAACGUAAUUAUUUACAAACUGUACGUUCUUUUAUUAUUUAGGAAAAAAUGUUUUGAAUACAUUUAAAAAUACAAAGCUAUGAAAUUGAAGGUAAGUAUGUAGGAAAGUAGAAAAACUAAGCGAUAUUUGAAAGGAAGGGUAUCAUUAAUUAAAUUGCGUUUGUUCAUUAAUUUCUUGCGCAUGUCGUAUAUUUCUCGAUUAUCUUAAUUCAAUUAAAUUUGUUAUAAUUAUAUCUUCAUUUCAAUCAUUCUCUUGUAUAUGUAUCGUGUUUUCCUUAAUCAUGUUGAGUUAGCAGAUAUGUUUAACAAUCUGCCACGAAAAUUUAAUCAUUCGACGAUAACAUUUUGUAUUAUAGUACUAUCAUUCAGACAUAUUUCGUUAUACGUGUAUCAUAAUCAUUUUGUUUGUAUUCGAGAUUCGAAUACGCUGACUCAUUUAUAUUCAUUAUUUUGACAGUUGCUCGUCGUUUCCUGAAUCCUAUGUAUGCCUGA